CCACUUCUUAAAAAGCUGGACCAAAACUUGUGGUGGCCUUCGCAUUUCACGGCAUGACGCAUCUAUAGUAACGUUGCCUUUCACCGCAGAAACAAUGUCCACCAGAUUCAGAGGCAGCGUUUCAGUCCCACAACCUCGGCCGAUCACUCCAUUUCCCUCCACAAACAACAAUCACCCUUCCUCAAUUUCAUCUCCCAAUCAUGUCCCUCACAAUUAGACUCCACACCACCACCACCACCCACCUCAACCCCAGAAAGCCAAUCAACACAAAAAAGUUAAAAAACCACCUUUACAUUACCAAAUUCCCAUCAAAACCCAAUUCCUAUUCAAACCCAUUUGCAACCCAAUUCAUAUCUUCCAAAAAGAUGUCUUCUUUGGUUGUCAAGAGUUCUCUGAUUGACCCAGAUGGUGGGUCCCUGGUUGAUCUCGUGGUGUUAGAAAGCAGCAGGGGUUCCAAGACUCUAGAGGCUGAGUCAAUGCCUAAGGUGAAGCUAACCAAGAUUGAUCUUGAAUGGGUGCAUGUGCUCAGCGAGGGUUGGGCGAGUCCAUUGAAGGGGUUCAUGAGAGAGGAUGAGUAUUUGCAGAGUUUGCACUUCAAUUUCUUGAGGAUGGGAGAUGGGUCGAUUGUGAACAUGUCGUUGCCCAUCGUUUUAGCUAUUGGUGAUGAGGAUAAAGAGAGGAUUGGUGGGUCUCCUGAUGUUGCGCUGCUUGGGCCUGAUGGUGAUUUGGUUGGUAAUCUCAGGAGCAUUGAAAUAUAUAAGCACCACAAAGAAGAAAGAAUAGCAAGAACUUGGGGAACAACAGCUCCAGGUUUACCUUAUGUUGAGGAAGUUAUCACUCCAGCUGGAAAUUGGCUCAUUGGUGGCGAUUUGGAAGUGUUAAAGCAUAUCAAAUAUAAUGAUGGUCUUGACAACUACAGACUCUCUCCCCAACAACUCCGGAAAGAAUUUGACAAGCGUCAAGCUGAUGCUGUUUUUGCUUUUCAGCUAAGGAAUCCUGUGCACAACGGGCAUGCUUUGUUGAUGAACGAUACACGCAAGAGACUUUUGGAAAUGGGGUUUAAAAAUCCCAUUCUAUUGCUUCAUCCUUUGGGAGGUUUUACAAAGGCUGAUGAUGUACCGUUGGAUGUUCGUAUGGAACAACAUAGCAAGGUUCUAGAAGAUGGAGUACUUGACCCUGAGACUACUAUAGUGGCCAUAUUCCCAUCACCCAUGCAUUAUGCUGGUCCUACAGAAGUACAAUGGCAUGCCAAGGCACGGAUUAACGCAGGUGCAAAUUUCUACAUUGUAGGUCGUGAUCCUGCUGGUAUGGGUCAUCCUAUAGAGAAAAGGGAUUUGUAUGAUCCUGACCAUGGGAAGAAGGUGCUAAGCAUGGCUCCCGGCUUGGAAAAGCUGAACAUCUUGCCAUUCAGGGUGGCAGCAUACGACACAGUGGGAAAGAAAAUGGCAUUCUUUGAUCCUUCACGUGCUAAAGAUUUUCUCUUCAUCUCUGGAACCAAGAUGCGGACUUAUGCAAGAACCGGAGAGAAUCCUCCUGAUGGUUUUAUGUGCCCUGGGGGAUGGGAAGUCCUGGUCAAAUAUUACGAGAGCCUGCAAACUGAAGACGCUACACCGAAAGCAGCUGUUUCAUCCACAUAGAGAUUCAGUCUUUUGCUGUUACAUAGAAAUAAUUACAUCAGAGUUCUUACUAGAAGUAGAACAGGGACAUGACAAGAGAGUUUUUUUGGCGCAUGUUCAGCACCUCCAACACCUAGUAGAGUGAAACUUGGUGCGGGCAAUUUUAGUAGUACCAUGUAUGCUUCUUUUCUUUUAACUCCUGGUGGUUGGAGUCCGCCGCUGAACCAAUUUUACUUUCUUUCUUUUUUUUCGUCUUUUCGUAAUGCUUGUAGCAAAACGAUUUAUUUGUUAUUCAUUUGUUUGAAGAAAAAUUUUACGUUAGAAA